CAAGAGCUCUCUGCUCGUAUACAGGGCAUGAUGCUGUUGUUACAAUGUCGAACAUUACUGUUGCUGUCAUCAUCGAACUGCAGGUGAUCAUUCUGUUCGUCCAUACGACAGACAAGAGUAUUCUAUGACCCAUGAUCUCCGACGCACUAUCCCUCGCUCCAGUGCCCCCGGUUCUCAUAGUGCUACUGACCCAUCUCACCUCAAGGUUCCAGGUUCCAGCAGAGGUGACACCGAUACUCAGACAGAGUCGAGAUCCUUACCGCACAUGAGACUGGGAAGGAGGUUCUGGAUGUCGUCCAUAUAAAAACACCGUUUCCUUCAGGGCCUGGCAGACUUACUUUCCUCCUCUUAAUCCCCCUCAACGCGUGCAUUCCUUUACAGCAGCCAUGCCCAUUCUCCCUAGUAUUCUGCAGGUCCAGAGACAAGAUUUUAUCUCGCUAUGGGUGCAAAGUUUAUUAUUAGGCCUGUAUUCCGUUGUCUUCGCUGGAUCCUUGCAUUUGCUCUUCACCAGGAGGCACACCGAUAGCGGUCCGAAGUCACUUCUGGCAGUUACCGUGCUGCUAUUUGUUUUGUCUGCCACGCAAGUGGCCCUCAAUUUUACCCUGGUCCUCAUAUCGUCUUUCUCCGUGGGCGGUAUGCUGGAUAACGGAACUGGAAGCCCGGACGGACUGUCUGCGUCCGUCAUUAACCUCAAUAACGUCUUGGCCACUGUCGGAAUAUUCCUGGUAGUGACAAACAAUGUUGUGGCAGAUUGUUUGCUGACCUGGCGGUGUUAUAUCAUCUGGGGCCGCAGACGGCUAAUCAUUGCCUUCCCCGUGCUGCUGAUCGUCGCUGGUACCGUGGCGGGAUUUGUGCAAGGGGGAUACUACAUCAAGGGGUAUCUCUUGUAUGUAGCCACGAGCGCUGCACCCGGUGAUCCAUCUCCAGCGGUGCUCGAGGAAGUAGCAGCUAUUUCACAGUUGCAGAAUGACCUCGGCGAGGUGUUCUAUUCAAUGACGUUCGCUUGUAAUGUGCUGAUGACAGCAUUGAUCGCUUUUCGUGUUCUAUGGGUCAGUAAAGAUAUCAAAAAAUCUGCCCCCGCCAUCGACUCAAAUCUGUAUAGAAAAAUUAUCGCUUUGUUCAUCGAAUCCGGGGGCGUUCAUUCCCUCUUUUUGCUCCUUUCCACAGCCACAGGUUUCUCUUCAUCCACAGGACUCGCUGAAGCAUUCACCAUUGUGUCAUCCAUAGCCGUCAUAACUGCGGGUCUAUCUCCUACUCUAAUAAUCGUAAUGCUUGCCCUUGGCAAAACUGCUGAACAAACGAGCAUGGCGAAGACCACGAUAGCGUUUGCGGCACCCGCCCCUCUUGCCCCAUCGGUCGACUCUUUCAGCAACAGUUUUCAGCGUGGUGGAAAUGGUGAUGAGGGGAUGGGGGACAGCGUCUUACACUUUGUAGAAGCGCCUCCGGUGCCCGAGAAGGCGCUUCCCGUGAACCAGCCAUGA